CCUCGCUGCUCCGCCCUAGCCUCCUCCUUCUGCUAUUGCUGCUGGGCACCGAGGCGCAGAAAGGGAAUAGGCAGCGGUGGUUCAGGCUGUGGCCAGUCAGAACUGGGCAGGUGCUGAUCUGUCAGCUGUCGUUUGGGGAGAAGCAAUCAGGCAAAGAGAAGAUGGCUCUAGCUACAUAUCCAGCGGCUGAGCAAGAUGGAGGGAGACUGCAACUUCUCCCUCUGGGUCCUGGAAGAGAUGAUCUGCUAUGCCAGGGGCUGAUGAGAGUUCCAGCUGCUGGGGCAGCCCAUUGCAGGUGAUGGGUGUGGACAUACUGUGCUGGGCCCUGAGAGCGGGACCCUGGCCUCCAUAAACUACCCCCAGACCUCUCCCAAUAGCACUGUGUGUGAGUGGGAAAUCCGUGUGAAGCCUGGGCAGCGAGUUCAGCUCAAGUUUGGUGAUUUUGAUAUUGAUGACUCCGAUUCCUGUCAUUCCAGUUACCUGAGAGUUCAUAAUGGCAUUGGCCCCAACAGGACAGAAAUAGGAAAAUACUGUGGAUUUGGCUUUCAAAUGGUUGGUUUAAUUACUUCAAAAAGUAAUGAAAUCACAGUACAGUUCAUGAGUGGAAUUCACACUUCUGGACGUGGAUUUCUUGCAGCUUAUUCAACCACUGGCAAAUUAGACUUAAUUACCUGUUUAGACAAUGCAAGUCACUUUUCCGACCCAGAAUUCAAUAAGUACUGUCCAGCUGGAUGUGUGAUUCCUUUUGCUGAUAUUUCAGGCACUAUUCCUCAUGGAUACAGAGAUUCGUCGUCACUUUGUAUGGCCGGUGUUCACGCAGGUGUCGUGUCAAAUACUCUGGGUGGUCAAAUUAAUGUUGUAAUCAGCAAGGGCAUUCCAUACUAUGAAGGCUCCUUGGCUAACAAUGUCACCUCAAAAGCGGGACCCUUGUCUACAAGUCUCUUCACCUUUAAGACAAGUGGUUGCUAUGGGACACUGGGGAUGGAGUCUGGGGUGAUUCCUGAUUCCCAUAUCACAUCAUCAUCAAUUCUCGAGUGGCCUAACCAAACAGGACAAGUAAACAUUUGGAAACCUGAAAAUGCCAGACUAAAAAGGAUUGGACCUCCUUGGGCUGCUUUUAUCAGUGAUGAACAUCAGUGGUUGCAGAUUGACUUGAAUAAAGAAAAGAAAAUAACAGGUAUUAUAACUACUGGAUCAACUUUAGCAGAGCACUUCUAUUAUGUCUCAGCCUACAGAAUUUUAUAUAGUGAUGAUGCACAGAAAUGGACAGCAUACAGAGAACCUGGCAUGGGUAAAGAUAAGAUAUUUCAAGGGAAUACUGAAUUGUACCAGGAAGUUCGCAAUAAUUUCAUUCCACCUAUAAUUGCACGUUUUUUUAGGAUUAACCCCUUAAAAUGGCACCAGAAAAUUGCAAUGAAAGUAGAAUUGCUAGGAUGUCAGUUUAGUAUAGGUCGUGCUCCUAAAAUCACUUUGCCAGCGCCACCUCAGAACAAGAAUGAUAAGAAUGCUGACUUCAUGGAUGACUUCAUUCAUUCAGUGAAGACUUCGCUGCAGACAGAUAAAACAACUUUCACACCAGAAAUAAAGAACACUACAGUGACUCCAAGUGUAACCAAAGAUGUGGCAUUUGCAGCAGUUCUGGUUCCAGUGCUGGUGAUGGUCUUCACUACCCUGAUUCUUAUCUUAGUUUGUGCGUGGCAUUGGAGAAACCGCAAGAAAAAAACUGAGGACACAUAUGAUCUACCUUACUGGAAUCGCGCAGGAUGGUGGAAAGGGGUGAAGCAGUUUUUCCCGAUCAAAUCAGCAGAACAUGAAGAAACUCCUGUAUGCUACAGCAGCAGUGAAAUCAGUCACCUAAGACCAAGAGAAGUCCCAACAAUGUUGCAAACAGAGUCUACAGAAUAUGCUCAGCCUCUGGUAGGGAGAAUUGUGGGCACACUUCACCAGAGAUCAACCUUCAAACCAGAGGAAGGAAAAGAAGCCAGUUAUGCUGACUUGGACCCUUACAAUUCCCCCAUCCAAGAAGUUUACCACACCUAUGCCAAGCCACUGCCUGUAACCGGACCUGAGUAUGCAACUCCAAUAAUCAUGGACGUGUCCAGCCAUCCCAGCACCCCUCUUGGCGCUCCUUCCGUUUCCACCUUCAAAGCUGCUGGAAAUCCUCCACUGGUUGGAAUGUGCAAUAAACUGUUAUUCAGGACAGACAGUGCAUCCUCAGCACAGGCACUGUACGAUAUACCAAAGGGGCAGCCAGGGCCUGGCAGUGCCGACCAGCUUGUGUACCAGGUGCCACAGAGCAUGGCCCAUCCCACUGUCCUUAAAUGCUGUGGACGACGUCUGAAAGGAACCUGCAGUGCUGUUCAAGGGGCUGCCACCAUGCCUUAUCACCAGUAAAGUAUCCUCACUUACCCCUGAAAAUCUGUUUGUAGAGGGGCUGUAUAUAAACUCUGGAGUCAAAAAUCACUUGUGGCCUGUUCAGCAUCUAAAAUAUGAUCUUAUGUGGAAUCAUAGAAUGGCUGGGGUUGGAGACCUUAAA